GAAGAGUAUACAAAACCAGCAUGCAAACCGCACUACUUUUCACAGCCAUACCUUGGAACUGACGGUCAAAUUUUUUUACAAAAUGGACACUUCUGGAGAUCUGUGGAAAACGUUACAGCCGUUCGCAUACGGUGGUGUGUCAGGUAUGAUCGCCACCUCGUGCAUUCAGCCUGUUGAUCUCAUCAAGGUCCGACUGCAGCUUACAGGGGAGGGUGGCGCUGUGAAGAGUAGCAAUCCCUUCACCAUGGGAGCACAAAUCGUCCGAAACGACGGUGUUCUCUCAUUAUACAGAGGACUGUCCGCCGGACUGCUUCGUCAGGCUACCUACACAACUGCACGCAUGGGCAUCUUCAAGACACUCACAGAGAAGGUCAAAGGCCCUGAUGGUAAGAUAUCCUUUGCACAGCGUGUGGCGUGUAGUCUCACAGCCGGAGGUCUAGGUGCGACCAUCGGCAACCCAUGUGAUCUGGCUCUAAUCCGAAUGCAGGCCGAUUCCACACUACCUGCUGCCGAGCGCCGUGGCUACAAAAACGUCUUCGACGCGUUAGCUAAGAUCGCGAAGGAUGACGGUAUUCUGGGAUGGUGGAGAGGCUGUCUACCCACUGUUGCGCGUGCUAUGGCCCUCAACUGUGGUAUGCUUGCCACUUACGAUCAGUCCAAGGAGACCAUGACUAGCCUCAUGGGUCCCGGAAAGGCCACUAACUUUGCCUCCUCAGCGGUUGCCGGGUUCUUUGCGUCCUUCUUCUCGUUGCCGUUCGACUUUGUCAAGACGCGUAUGCAGAAGAUGAAGGCCAGGCCUGACGGUACCAUGCCGUACAAGAACACUUUAGAUUGCUUUGCUAAGGUUGCCAAGACAGAGGGUCCCUUUGCCUUCUACAAUGGGUUCAUGACCUACUACUUCCGUAUUGCACCCCAUGCUAUGAUCACGCUGCUGGCCGUCGAGACUCUGCGCACACAAUUCGGAGAUGCCCACACGAAAUAAGUAUAUGUACAUACAUUGUAAUUUAGGUACAGACCUCAUAUGAGAGCGAAUGAAAUAAAGUUCACCUCGAAUGUAAGCCUGUCGGUUCUGGUUGCUUGAUAUAUUCGUAAACGAAUUGAAUAUUGCCAGUAAAAUAAGACGCGCUUCGAAAGACAGUCCUCAUAGUUCUUGGAAUAGCGAUGACCGCCUAGGCGCAGUGUAGCUCACAGAACAAUAAU